UGACUGAGUGAACGUGUGUGUGUGUGCGCUACAGCAGCUAUUGGAGCAGUUUACAAAAGGCAGAGUCUCGCGGACACACCUCGAGCUCCUUUUUAAGAAGUGGUCCGGGGACGCACCGAUGUGGCCUGAACCACUUUGUCAGCUGAAAUAUUAACUCGAGUUGGGAGAAGUCACGUCGGGGUCGACUUUGAGAUCCGUGUGACCCUGGUCUGUCGCUGUCAGCAGGGAGGAGCGUCAUGGCGGAGCCCGACUACCUGGAGGGGGACUGUGAUGAGCUCAUCAAACCCAAGAAGCUGAUCAACCCGGUCAAGAACUCCCGAAACCACCAGGACCUGCAUCGAGAGCUGCUCAUGAAUCAGAAGAGGGGUCUGGCUCCUCAGAACAAACCUGAGCUCCAGAAGGUUCUGGAGAAGAGAAAGAGGGAGCAAGUGCUCAAGGCUCAGAAGGAGGAGCAGGAGGCCCACAAGAAGAGGAGCGACCUGGAAAUAGAGCUCAUGAAAAGACAACAGAAACUAGAGCAGCUGGAGCUGGAGCAGCAGAAAAUCGAGGAGGAACAGGAGAACACUCCCGAGUUUGUGAAGAUGAAGAGCAACCUACGCCGGACCAAGCAGGAGACCGACGGGGAGGAACGGACCACCUAAAACAACCAGCAGGGGUGUCUGGGUCCGGCUGAUUGUGCGUGUGUUUGUGGGCACCAAGACGUCAGGAGUGUGUGUGUACAAAAGAGAGAGAGUGUGUCGUCUGCGGCGCACGGCGGUGACCUGACCGUGGUCCGAGACGAACUUCCUGGCUUUCCCAACCUAGCUGUUCCUUUCCCCACAGUGAGGAGAGAGACUUUACAGACUAAAGACCCCCCCUCUGUCUGCCUGCCACGGACCGCCAGCACUCACCUCUGCUCCUCACACCCAUCCAGCAGCACACAGCACCCCCCGCAGGAGGGACCUAACACAGACAUGUUACAUGUUCAACGCCUUUUAAACAAGGGCGAGCAAGCUUCCAAUGAGCUCUGAUGGAGAAAACAACCAAACACACACACACACAGGAGUUUUCAUCCCCUCUGUUUUCACUCCUCUCUCCACAGCAAGCUGUUGUUUCUCUUUACUGUUAUCGAUGUUGUUAUCGUGGUUGUUUUCUUUCUUUUCUUUUUUUUUUCUUUUUGUUUGUUCCUCAGAAUCAAAUAAGGAAAAGUGGACACUGGAUGGACUCUUGAAGCUGUGUAAUGUAAAAGCCAAACAAAUGUGCUUUUGUUAUUUAUGUUUGUAGCUUUUAGCCCAGGUAUAAGGGAGGACACUUUUUAGUCGUUCUGUAUUUUUAGUUUUGUUUUACAGCAUAGUUUAUGAAGCCAGAACAGGACAAAGGGAGUGUACGGUCGUGUGAAACACUCACAUUUGCUUUAUUUUAUUUUAUUUUUUUUUAAAUUCCGAACAUGCCAUUUCCUCAGCUAAUGCAAUUUUGAGCAAUAGUAGAACUCCCAGGCAUGAGAGUGACCUUUUCUUUAUAUAUUCUGUUGUUUUGUAUGAAUAAAAAUGUUACUUAAUAAAUAAUUUAAGUUUUUGUUAGGGUGGUCAAUAAGA